UGGUGUAAAGUUGUUUGCGGCGCUGUAUUAUUUCUUCAGGGUAGUGAUCAUUGAGUCCAUAGUCCGUUCUUAUCAGCUGCCUGCCCUGACAUUGUACCAGUUGUUUUGGUUUGUAAUUUUCAAAUUUGGCAUCAAUUGGAUGUAGGGCUGGGUGAUAUGACCAAAAUCUCAUAUCCCGAUAUAAGUCAUUUCAUAUCCCGAUAACGAUAUCUAUCCAGAUAUAGCACAUUUUAAUCCAAUGAAUAAAAAGUUGUUGCUGUCUCGCUGCUUCUCUGUUCUUUCUCAGGGCUGUGGGGCUGAGCCCUCAGUGUGUGCAGCACAGCAGAGACAGACAGCGGUGGAGCUGACGACAACUAAACUCGUUAUGUUACUGUUGUUCUGGAAUGCAAGUGAAAACUAUAGUGUCCCUCAUGCUGCCUGCUUGCACACAACCCCAGAGAAGUUCUUCAUUGAGGCCUGCGAUGAGGGGGCUGAUGCUGUGCUGGCAAUUGACAGGGUCUCAAAUGAGAUGACUCUCACAGGUAAAAAAGAUGUCCCUCCCUCAGCAGUCACCAGGCCUAUAUGCGGCAUCAUGGGAACUAUUCGCCUGGUAGCAGGGAUGUACCUGAUUGUCAUCACCAGGAAGAGGAAUGUGGGCAGCCUCCUGGGCCAUGCUGUGUGGAAGGCUGUGGAUUUUGAUGUGAUCUCUUAUAAGAAGACAGUGUUGCAUCUCUCAGAGAUCCAGUCUCAAGAGAACAAGACUUUCCUGUCCAUGAUUAACAAUGUGCUGACCACAGAUGGCUUCUACUUCUGCACUGACUAUGACCUGACACACAGUCUGCAGCGGCUGGCCAACACCAGCCCAGACUUCCAAGAGAUGAGUCUGCUGGAGAGGGCAGAUCAGAGGUUUGUGUGGAAUGGGAACCUGUUGAGAGAACUGUCUGCGCAGCCAGAGCUUCAUAAGUUUGCACUUCCUGUUGUCCAUGGAUUCAUCGUCAUGAAGCCAUGUCGUAUAAAUGGGAAGAUCUUUGAGUGGAUCCUCAUUUCCCGUAGAAGCUGCUUCCGGGCUGGCGUCAGAUACUACGUCAGAGGCAUCGACUCUGAAGGCCAUGCGGCUAACUUUGUGGAGACUGAGCAGAUAAUUUUGUAUGAGGGAGCAAAGGCUUCAUUUGUACAGACACGAGGCUCCAUGCCCUUUUACUGGAGUCAGAGGCCCAACCUCAAAUACAAACCCAAACCUAUAAUCAGCAAAACCACCAAUCACAUGGAUGGUUUCCAGAGACAUUUUGACUCUCAGCUGCUUCUCUAUGGGAAGCAAACAAUUCUGAACCUGGUGAAUCAGAAGGGCUCAGAGAAACCACUGGAACAGGCCUUUGCCAAGAUGGUGUCUGGCAUGAACAAUGGUAUGCUCAAUUACAUAGCCUUCGACUUCCACAAAGAGUGCAGCCACAUGAGAUGGGAUCGUCUCCAGAUCUUAGUGGAUGCUGUCGCUGAAACACAAGAUGAAUACAGUCACUUCAUGGUGAACUCAGAGGGGAAGACGGUAGCCCAGCAGAGAGGAGUCUUCCGCAGUAAUUGCAUGGACUGCCUGGACAGGACUAAUGUUAUUCAGAGCCUGCUGGCCCGACGCUCCCUGCAGUCUCAGCUUCAGAGGAUGGGAGUUCUGAAUGUGGGUCAACGGAUUGAAGAGCAGGCUGAGUUUGAAAAGAUCUACAAGAACGCAUGGGCUGACAAUGCCAAUGCAUGUGCUAUACAGUACGCAGGAACUGGAGCCUUGAAAACAGACUUCACAAGGACAGGGAAAAGGACCAGGUGGGGGCUUCUGAUGGAUGGCUGGAACUCAAUGAUCCGUUACUACAAAAAUAACUUCUCUGAUGGAUUCAGACAGGAUUCUAUUGACCUGUUUCUGGGUAACUUUGCUGUCGAUGAGUCUGACGGACCCACUCCUCUUCGUGUGCAGAAGGACUGGAAGUUCCUCACGCUGCCCAUCAUUAUGCUGGUGGCAUUUUCCAUGUGCAUCGUCUGUCUUCUCAUGGCUGGUGACACUUGGACAGAGACCCUGGCUUAUGUGAUGUUCUGGGGGGCUGCUAGUGCGAUUACAGCCACUAUCAUCCUGUUUAACGGCCAAGACUUUGUGGACGCCCCCAAACUGGUUCACAAGGAGAAGCUGGACUGAGCAUGCAUGCAUGCAUGCAUGUUUUUGUGUGUGUGUGUGUGUGUGUGUGCGCGUAUGUGAGGAGUAUCUGGGCCCAGCAGGUUCAUAUACCUCAUAAUCUUUAAAGUCUUCUUCCCCAGGUCUGGACUCCAGACUGAUCUGCUGCCUUCAUACUGCCCUCCAGACUUCCUCAUCCAAAACAGUUUUUCUGUUAUUUGUCUACAUUAUUAACCCUCUUCAGUUGUACUGCACACACUCCAUCACAUGGUUUGCAUUGAAUUUCCUAGAUUUCAUAUACUGUAUCUUUAGGUUGGUUAUGCUGGUUUGUUUGUUAUGUAGGCCGUAGGUUGUCAGUUAUACAAAGGAUCUGUGAUGGCACUUUAGGUAACUGUUUCUGUGUUAAUUAUUUUCCACCAAAAAGACUCCUAACACUAGUGCUCAUUUUCUUAUUUGUGAAUCAUUCUUAAAAAUAUAAAUCUGUCACAAUGUUAUAACAAGAAUUUUUCUAUUGUGCUUCAUUACAAGCCUUUUAGUUAGCAGCCCUGUUCACCCACAUAGGUGUUUUUGAUUAUUCUGGCUGAUCAGACCUCCAGUCAGGUUGUCAAGUUUGGUGGAGCUAUGCUGGAAAUUACAUAAUAUCAACAAACUCUGUGUACAAAUAAAUGAUAAAAGUAU